GUCGCCACUACCCAAGUGUUAGGGUAUGGGACCGGGGGGAAUAGAAAUACUUAACCCCUCCGAAGUCCGAACUGGGCAUCUUCAUCAUCGGGAUGCUGCAGACGGUCAUGUGACCUCCGGGAUCUCAACCGCCGCCAUUUCCAUAAUGAUUUUCUACAUCCUGCUCCUUGCUCUUCCACUGGUGAAAGCUGUUUAUUAUGGGGAAGAUACACUGGAUUCUGAGUGGGAACAAUGGAAGAGAACUUAUCAGAAGCAAUACAACGGAAAGGCUGAAGAGCUAGUGAGGCGUCUGAUCUGGGAGAAAAACUACAAAUUAAUCACCAGCCAUAAUCUAGAGUAUUCCCAAGGGAUGCACACCUAUGAAAUGGCUAUGAAUCGCCUAGGAGACAUGACCAAUGAAGAAGUUGUGAGUACAAUGACAGGACUCAAAGUUCCAACACAAAACAGAGCCAGGAACAUCACAUCUGAUGACGAUGAAGGACUGGUAGCGCUCCCUGACACUAUUGACUAUAGGAAAAAAGGCUACGUCUCACCAGUCCGGAACCAGGGUUCCUGUGGGUCUUGUUGGGCAUUCAGCUCUGUGGGGGCUCUGGAGGGACAGCACAAGAAGAAAACUGGAAAACUAGUGAUCCUUAGCCCUCAGAACCUGGUAGACUGCGUUACAAAGAAUGACGGGUGUGGAGGAGGCUUCAUGACCAACGCUUUUGAGUAUGUACGGGAUAAUAAAGGCAUUGACUCGGAAGAAGCUUAUCCUUAUGUUGGAGAGGAUGAAGCCUGCAACUACACGCUAGCGGGCAAAGCAGCCAAAUGCAAGUCUUAUAAGGAAGUGCUGAAAGGCAGCGAGAAGGCAUUGAAGAAAGCAGUGGGAACCGUGGGGCCUGUGUCAGUGGGCAUUGAUGCCAGCCUCUCCUCCUUCCAGUUCUAUAGUAAAGGCAUAUACUAUGACGAAACCUGUGAUGCAGAAAAUAUAAACCACGCAGUCCUUGCUGUGGGAUAUGGAGUACAAAAGAAAUCCAAGUUCUGGAUUGUUAAGAACAGCUGGGGUGAGGAAUGGGGCAAUAAAGGCUACGUCCUAAUGGCCAGAGAUAAAGGGAAUGCCUGUGGAAUCGCGAACCUAGCCAGCUACCCUCUAAUGUGAUCCGCUUGGGGAAGGAUGUGGCUGCUGAGACCAGUGCACUUAUGUCACCUGUUUGUGUACUUUGGCCGCGUUACAGGUUCAUUCUCUACGAUACCGGCGUUAUACAAAGUACAACUUAAUGCAGGAAUCACAAAUGUGGUGCGUAUGCGGCUUCACAGUAUCAAAGAGGAAACAUUUCCCUACAGCAAAACUCAUCAAGACUGUAAAAUUCUCUUUGGUUGCCCUGACAGUGUCUCUUAUCUAUGGAAAGAAAUCAGUACAAUGCCAUUAUUAUGGAAAAACAUUGAGCAGAAAGAACUAGAUUGUUUGUCUCAAGUUCCUGGAUCAGUGGCCCCAGUAUAUACACUGACAAUGUCACAGGUACACUCUAGUACACGCUGUUUAUCCACCCAUAUAUAAUAUACUGUAGGUAUGUAUCAUAUAAUAACUGGAAUAUAGCUUCCCAGGAUGGGUAUGAGUUGUUAGGUCGACAGUCAUUAGGGCAACCACUAUAGGUCGACAUGCAUUAAGUCGACAGGGUCACUAGGUUGACAUGUACUAGGUCGACAGGUCAAAAGGUCAACAUGAGUUUUUUUUUUUUCUUUUUUGGGUGUCAUUUUCUUCGUAAAAAGUGAUGGGGAAACCCCAAUUAGUGCACCGUGUCCCCUCGCAUGGCGAGCGAGCGAGCGAGCUUCGGGCAAGGUGCCUCGCUCUGCUACCGCUGCGCUCGGCACAGGUUACCGUUCCCAAUUUGUAGUCCACGUGGAUCGUAAAUUAUGAAAAAGUCCAAAAAUUGAGAAAAACGAUGUGAAAAACUCAUGUCGACCUUUUGACCUGUCGACCUAGUACAUGUCGACCUAGUGACCUAAUGCAUGUUGACCUAGAGUAGUCGACCUAAUGACUAUUGACCUAAGUGGUGUCGACCUAACGACCAUACCCCCCCAGGAUAAGGGUCUCUUCACGCAAUCAGGCUUGGCUCAGAAUGAAGGCACUGAAUAACACAAAAGGGAAUCUGUUGUGUCACAUCUAUACAGUAUGUUCUUUUUUACUUAGUCUAAGAUGAGAGUCUGGUACUUUCUGAUUUUUAUCCUUUUUUAUCAUCGAUGUUGAAGCUGAUUGGUCAGAAUGUGAAAUGUAUUUGCCUUGUGAUUAGUGUGUGUGUGUUUAAUUAAUAAAUAAACAAAAACCCAAAUGUGA